CUCUACCUCCCUGCCUUACCAGCCAUCCACCUAUCAAUACUAAGCACCAAGCACCACCCGCAUCCCAGACGCCAAACGCUAGACCCCAGACCCCAGACCCCAGACACACGCACGCACGCAUGCAUGCACCUACGCAACGCACUGCAAUGCAACCUCGCCCAACUCACUUCCCCCAAUAACCCCCGCAAUAAAUUAACUAAACCCCGCGACAAGCCCAAGCCCAAGACCCAAGCCCCAAGCCCCAAGACCCAAGACCCAAGUGUCCAGCCCAAUCAAAUCAACCAAUUACCUCUCACACACAGAAAGACAGACAGAAAGACAGACAGAAAGACAGACACUAGAGACAGCAUCCAGAUUCUCAAACACGCCCAGCCCCAGCCAGAUCUAGAUCCAGAUUCACGCCCACGCCCACGGCUCGUCUCGCGUCGUCUCGUCUCGCAUGUGUAUUCAACCAUGUACGUACGCAGAAGCAUACGCAAAAACCAUGCAAACCAAAGCAAACCAAUACAGAGGCAACUCAGCAACCAAUCUCAAGCAACAUAAACACCACAUCAACCAAACAUAACCACAAAAAAAAAAAAAAAAAAAAAAAAAAAAAUAG